AUGGUUCAAACGUCAACCGUAGUGACGGCCACCGUCGCAACCGCCGCCACAGCUAUCGUCGCUUAUGCCAUUUACUUCGACUACCGCCGACGCAGCCAGGCCGAGUUCCGCCGUGACCUGAGAAGAAACGAGCGCCGGCAAGUUCGCGCCGAGAAGGAGGAGGCUGAAGCUUCGACGCGCGCUCAGCGAGAUGCCAUCAAGGCCCGGGUUGACGAAGCCAAGGAGGAGGGGUUCCCGACUGGUGUCGAGGAGCGCGAGGCCUACUUCAACGAGCAGGUCAUGUCCGGGGAGAUGCUGAGCUCGGAUCCAUCCAAGGCCGUUGAGUCCGCUCUUGCCUUUUACAAGGGCCUUAAGGUCUACCCUGCCCCUGGUGACCUGAUCAAGAUCUAUGACAGCACCGUCCCCAAGGUACGCAUAUCCGGUUUCCAUUCUCUCGACCAACAAAGGCCGUGGAAAUGCCUAACCCCAAUUCUGCAGCCUAUAUUAGACAUCCUUGCCGAGAUGAUCGCAUACGACUCCAGCCUCGACAUCCGCUCCCGUCCCACCGGCGGCAUCAACCUCGGCGAUAUCCCUAACGUCGGCCUUGACUAA